CGAUCUGGCUUGUAACGUUCGGAAAGUGAGUCAGAACAUAUUUAAACAGCAUAUUCAUAAGACGUACAAUAAAGAAUCCGAAUCAGAAUCAUGUCUGGGGAGGAAAAUGUGAAUACCGACCAGCUAAAGGCGACUCUGAAGAAGAGCAACCUCAAUGCUAAGGACAUCGAUGAUUUUACCGAAUUCGAGGCUACCUUGAAAAAGAUACAGGAUAUUCUAGACAACAAGGAUGCUCCUGAAUCCUCUGAUCCAGAAAAAGAGAAAGUCGACAAGGUUAAGGAGUAUGUGGACUUUGAAAACCUCGAUGUGGACAAGGUGCGCCUCAAAGUGACGGGUAAUCGCACGGUGAUCAACAAGAAGGCCCUGGAAGAUGAGGCCGAGAAGGAGACCAAGACCAUGAACCAGCAGAGCUUCAUGGAGCAGGUGGAGCAGGAUGCCAACGACAGAGCCGAGGCCCGUGCUAAGCGCGAGUACGAAGCUGAGAUGCUUAGAGCGCAAGGUAACGAUGCCUUUCGUUCCAAUAAACUGGAGAAGGCGAUUCUACUGUACGGCAGGGCCAUUGAAAAGAUCAAGGACAGUGCCAUCACCUACAACAAUCGCGCCUUGUGCUACAUCAAGCUGCGCAACUUCAAGCGAGCUCUCCAGGACUGCCAAUACGUGCUGGACAAGCUGCAGGAUUCGAAUUUGCGCGCCUGGCUCUACAAGGCCAAUGCCCACAAGGGCCUCAACCAGAAGGAGGAGUAUGAGUCGAGCAUCGCCCAGGCACGAGAGAAGAAUCCCACCCAGCUGGCCUACAUCGACAAGUACAUCAAGCAGAUGGAAGCAGAAGAUAAUUAAUUCUAUUAUAUAUACAAUAUAGUUUAUACUCACUCAACAUUAGCAUGACGCCCAAAAACGAGACACACGAAUAAAGGAACGGAAGGUGAACACUGCCCAGAUCUGUGAAGCAU